CGCUGAUCUUCCAUCUUACAGGAUGACGAUGCUGGUGUAUACGUUGGUGUUGACGUUGACGUUGGUGGUAGGCGAGGUCGUCGCUACCAGUUGUACUGGAGGAACCGUGAACGGCUGCAGCACAGUUUUACCAUGGGUUCCAUUCAAGAAAAGAUUCACACCUUCCUGUAACAGGCACGACGUUUGCUACGGAUGUAUGACAAUGCUGUUGUAUGCGUUGACCUUGGCAUUGACGUUGGUGGUAGGCGAGGUCGUCGCUAACGACUGUACUGGAGAACACGUGGACGGCUGUACUACAGUUGUAGAAUGGGUUCCAUUCAAGGAUAGAUUCACACCUUCCUGCAACAGGCACGACAUUUGCUACGGAUGUGGUGCGAAGUUCGGUAAAUCCAGACUUUGGUGCGACGAUGUCUUUAAGAAAAACAUGAUGAAGACUUGUCCCGGGUUGUUGUUCGCCGAUACCUGCGAGGAGACAGCAGUCCUGUACUAUAAGGCUGCGCACAACUUUGGCGUGAAUCAUUACAGGGAGACACCCAAGGCCUGGUGUGAAGAGGAAUGGGUGAAAAGCUGUCUCUAACUUAGAUUGCAUCAGCGUACGUCCACAUUGCCAAUAAAAUCUGCAUGAUCUGG